AUGUCUGACGGUGCGGUUAUAUUCCCCAGGUGGGGUGAGAGAGAUAGAAGGGGAAGAAAAGUGAGGAGCAAGCGUUUUAAGAAGGAAAAAGGGAAGAGACAAUUCAAACCAGAAAAUUGUCCUUUAAAGAGAAAGGCAAUCUCAGAUCUGGAAUUAGCUUCAGUGCAAUUUAUAGAGGAUUGCGAGGAUGACGCGGAUUCCUUGUUGACUAGAAGGAAGAAGAAGGGUAAAGGUCUUGCUCACGAUGGACCCCCCAGAUGUGAUGGGCUUGCGGUGUUGACCCCAUUCAACCACCUCUUCCGCAAUGAUUGGACUAGUUUUGAAUUGUCGGGGGGUCUUAGUGGUGGUCUUUGGUUUGGAUGGAAAACCAAGUCACUUUUUGAAGUGGUUUUUUCUUGUAUCAAUUUCCUUGUUGUAAAAGUCAACGAUGUUAUUAAUGGAAAAUGGAGAUUGAUUUUGGUGUACGGAGAACCUAGCACGUCUCAACGUGGUGGGGUUUGGGAUUGUCUAAGUCAAUGGACUAAUCCCAAUCUUGACUUACCAAUUGCUAUUGUGGGGGAUUUUAAUCAAGUUGACUCACUUUUGGACAAAAAUGGGCAAAACAGCUCAUAUAUUAGGGGUGCAAAUCUGUUUAUUGAUUGGAAGGAAUUAAAUGAUUUUCAUGACUUGACCUUUCAUGGUCCAAAGUAUACUUGGUCAAAUGGCAGAGAGGGUGAGGAGCUAGUACUUGAAAGACUCGACAAGGGAUAUGCUAACUCAAAGUGGUUAACUCUCUUUCCUCACUCGACCAUAACGCAUCAACCUAUCCAAAUUUCUGAUCAAGCCCCAAUUUUUUUCCAAACACAUCAAACCACAAGGAAUAAAAGAAAUAGUGUUUACAAAUUGGAAAGGUGGAGCCUUAAUUAUCCGGAGUGCCUUGAGGUGGCGCGUGAGAUAUGGGGUAAAGCUCAAAGGGGCUCCUCAAUGUAUAAGCUAGCACGGAAAAUCCAAUUCACAAAGAAGGGCAUCAAAAGUUGGACUCUUGACAAGAGAAAGGAAUGGAAUGGUGAGUGGGACAAAUUUGAUUCAGAUUUACUUGAAACGCAAUUAGCUUUGGAAGAUGAUGGCAAUGCAGAGGAGUUCAUAAGAAUAAGUAAGCAAUUGGGAGAAUAUUCAAAAAAUAUGGCAGCUUACUGGAGACAAAGAGCAAAGAUUAAUUGGAACUACGCGGGUGAUACUUGUUCAAGGUUCUUCUUCAAUUUUGUCAAAGGAAGGAAAGCUAGAAACAAAUUAGAGGCAAUUAAAGAUGAUAAUAGCAAUUGGAUCACGGAUGAGGAUAAAAUUGCAGAAAUUGCAAAUAAAUAUUUUCAGAGUCUCUACGGUUUGGAUGGUCAGGUCAAUGAUACAAUUAGAAAGGAUGAAAUUGCACAAGUUACCAGGGGGAUUACGGCUAAACUCACUGAAGAUCAGAAAGAUUUGCUCUCAAAACCUUAUUCAAGACGAGAGAUAAAGAACACCCUUUUUGCUAUGAGCCCAUGGAAAGCUCCCGGGCCGGAUGGAGUUCCUGCUGGUUUUUAUCAAAAAAACUGGAAUUGGAUCCAGGAUGAUGUAAUUGAAGCAGUGCAAUCGGCCUUAUAUUCAGAAAACAAAAGAAGGACUAGGAAAGGUGCUAAAGGAAAAAUUGCAAUAAAAACUAACAUGAGAAAAGCGUAUGAUAGGAUUAAGUGGGACUUCUUAGAGCAAGUUUUGAGCAAAUUUGUGUUGCCUGAUUUAAUGAUUAAAACUAUUAUGAAUUGCGUAAGCUCUGUCUCCUUCUCGGUGUUGAUUAAUGGCAGUGCUCAAAAGCCUUUUAGAUCGAGGAUUAUCGGGUAUGAUCAGAUGUGGAGAAAGUGUAGGGAGAUUGUUGGGCUUAGUGUGGCUCAAAAGGCUCCCAAGAUUAGCCAUUUGUUUUUUGCAGAUGACUCGGCUUUUUUCAUCCAAGGAAAGGAAAGUAGUGUGAUUGCUUUUAAGCAUAUACUGGAUACAUAUUGUAGGGCCUCGGGCCAGGUGAUUAAUCAAGGUAAAUCUACCCUCCUGGCCAGUCCUAAUUCGAAGGAGGAGGAUGUCAAUAGAUUUAGUGAAAUUCUGGAAAUUGACAAGAGUAGUAAUUUUGGGGUCUACUUGGGUAUUCCGGCUGACUUUGGCACCACAAAAAAUGAAAUUUUCGGUUUUAUGGUGGAUAGAGUGAAGGUACGGUUAAAUGCUUGGAACUCUAUGUUUCUUUCACAUGCAGAGAGGCUAACCCUCAUUAAGUCGGUUCUUUCCAGCUUGGGGACUUAUGUGUUGUCUAUCUUCAAAUUCCCCGUUGGAAUACUCAAGAAAAUUAUCAGUAUUAUAGCUAAGUUUUGGUGGCUUGGUAGGAAGAAUGGCAAAGGGGUUUAUUGGAAGAGUUGGAAGCGUCUCACAACAGCUAAAGAAGAUGGUGGACUCGGUAUCCUUGACACAAGAUCUUUUAACCAAGCAUUACUUGCAAAACAAGGAUGGCGUAUCAUUAUGGACACGGAUUCUUUGAUUAGCAAGGUUUUUCGGGCUAAAUAUAGGAUUGAUAAGGCUUCUCUCUUUAAUAAUAGUUGGUGUGAUAGGAAAGCAAGUUUUUGGGGUUGGAAAGGGAUUAAAUGGGGAUUAAAGGUGCUUAACAAGGGCUGCUCGUGGUCUAUUGAGGAUGGUGUUGCUUCUCUUUUGUCAGAUAAUGGUGAGUGGGAUAUGGCAGUUUGUAACUCAAUGUUCGAUGGUGACACUGUCAGCAAAAUAAGAAAGAUUGUACCCAUGGAAAAAGGUUUUGAUGACAUAAUUAUUUGGAGAGGGGAUAGGAGUGGUAUAUACUCUGUCAGAAGUGGGUAUAAAUUCAUUUUUGAUAGUCAACAGCAGAUUUGCGACACUCGAAACAAGCAAUUUCCAACUAACCAGGUAAAUUGGAAGAAGUUUUGGAAAACCCCAGGAAGCCCAAAGCAUAAGGCUUUACUUUGGAAAAUCUGCAAAGGUGCUCUACCAGUGGGAAGUGAGAGGAAAGAGGCCUGGGUGAAAAUCAUCACUGCCUUCUUUGCUUCAAAGGAGAUGCAGAUGAGAAGGGACAAUUGGAAAGCUUAG